AUGCCUCUAACACCGGAACAAGUUCAAAUCAUCAAGGCCACCGUGCCUGUGCUGACAGAGCAUGGGACAACCAUCACCACGGUGUUCUACAAGAACAUGCUGACUGCCCAUCCCGAGCUGAAUAAUGUCUUCAAUACCGCUCACCAGGUCAGCGGCCACCAAGCUCGUGCUCUAGCUGGCGCUCUCUUCGCCUAUGCGUCCAACAUCGACAACCUGGGCGCUCUCGGACCCGCCGUCGAGCUCAUCUGCCACAAACACGCCUCGCUAUACAUCAAGCCUGACGACUACAAGAUUGUCGGCAAAUUCCUGCUCGAAGCAAUGGGCCAGGUCCUCGGUGACGCCCUCACCCCGGAGAUCCUCGACGCUUGGGCCACCGCCUACUGGCAACUGGCCGACCUCAUGAUCGGCCGCGAGGCCCAGCUUUACGAGCAAGCCGAAGGCUGGACCGAGUUCCGCGAUUUCGUCAUCGCGCAGAAGGUCCCUGAAUCCUCGGAAAUCACCUCCUUCUACCUGAAGCCGGUGGACGGCAAGCCUCUGCCUGCCUUCCGGCCGGGACAGUACAUUUCCGUGCAGAUCCACGUCCCUGAGCUCAACUACCUCCAGGCGCGCCAGUACUCUCUCAGCGACAUGCCUCGGUCAGAUUACUACCGCAUCAGCGUGAAGAAGGAGCCUGGACUGAACCCCGCCGAGCCCGGCGCAAAGGCGCACCCAGGCUAUGUAUCGAACAUCCUGCACGAGUUUAAAAACGAGGGCGACACCAUCAAGGUCUCCCAUCCGUACGGCGAUUUCUUCCUCUCCGACGCCAAGGCCGCCAACCCCGUUGUCCUCAUCUCAGCCGGCGUCGGUCUGACCCCCAUGACGUCCAUUCUCAACACUCUGACCUCGCAGUCCCCAGAGCGGAAGGUCAGCUUCAUCCACGGCGCUAGAAACUCUCAGGCGCGUGCGUUCAAGAACCACAUCACCUCUCUGGAGCAGAAGCUGCCCCAUCUCAAAUCGACCUUUUUCACCAGCCACCCCACAGAGCAGGACAAGGAGGGUGAUGAUUACCAGUACCGCGGCCGUGUGGAUCUGAGCAAGUUGGAAGGCAGCCAGGAUUUGUUCCUGGAUGAUGCCACGACGGAGUAUUACGUCUGCGGACCUGACACGUUCAUGACUGAUAUGCUGAAUGUUCUCAAGUCCAAGGGCGUGAGCGAGGACCGCGUCAAGCUGGAGCUGUUCGGAACUGGCGGUGUUCCUCAUUGA